AUGGAUAUAGAUCUUGAAUUGAAGAUCGAGAAUUACGGAACAAGGAAAAACAGGUUGAAUAUAACAAAAACUAUUCGCAAGUUUUCAAUAGAUCCUGAUUUAAGACCCACUGGCUCUGAGUUUCACUCUGGAGCAGUUUCUAAUUUCAUUAAGCAUGGAGAUGAUGUUCUUGAAGAAUCUAUUGAAGGUUCUGUACCACUACUUGGUUCUAACUUCGAUAAGUUUUCACAGCACUUUCCAAUUUUGGUUGUCAAUUUUUAUGCUCCAUGGUGCUAUUGGAGUAACCGCUUGAAACCAUCAUGGGAAAAGGCAGCCAAAAUAAUAAGAGAAAGAUAUGAUCCAGAAAUGGAUGGGCGUAUUCUUAUGGCAAAGGUUGAUUGUACUGAGGAGGUUGAUCUGUGCAGAAGAAAUCACAUACAGGGUUAUCCAUCCAUUCGCAUUUUUCGCAAAGGCAGUGAUCUCAGGUAAGAAUACAUGUUACUGGGCAUGUU